AUGACUGCAACGAACGAACGUAUCGCAUCAAAUAUAUUUCUUGUUGAUUUUUUUAUUUAUUGUCCACCAUUAUGUGUAAAAGAAGGACAGGAAGGUAGAAAAAUUCUUUAUUAUCAUCCUCAUGAUACUGAUAUUGAUCGGCAAAUACGUACGGUUGGUUAUUGUGAAGGUUUAGUUAAAUUUACUGAAACAUUUGGUUUUGAUGAUCCAUGUGAAAGUGUUCAUUUUCAAAAGACUCGUCUUUUAUUUCAUCAAAUUGAAAAUGAUAUAUGUAUAGCUAUGUCGCUUAAUGUUCCUGUUAUUGAACGAAAAAAAGAUGAUAAAUUUAUUACGGAAUAUUAUGAUGAAAAUAUUAAUGAUCGUAUUAUGUUACCAAUUCUAAAAAUGGCAUAUCGAUAUUUUGUAUUACAACAUGGUACUAUGUCAACACCAAUUCGACAUGGUCGUCUAGAUGAAUUACAAAAUGUACUGAAACAACAUUUUGAUAAGUUUAUUCAAAAUCAUUUACAUACAAUGAUUCGAGAUGCAACAUUGGAUACAUCAUAUUUAGGUGUACAAUUUUUACCAGUUGAAAAAAAACUUUAUUUAAAACUUCAAUCAAUAUUACGACGAAUUGAAUUACGUUUUCCAUUACUUAAAGAAACAUUUUUUCUAUAUAAAGAUCAACUUAUAUGGAGUGGUCUCUCACAAGAAGAUACUAGUCUAGUUUAUUCUUUUUUUCGUCUAUAUUAUUGGCCACAUCUUAAACAAUUAACAAAUUCAUCGACUAUACAAUUUUUAACAGUUGAUACAAAUGCUAAUCUAGCUGAUGAGUUAAGAAUAUCAACGCAAUCGAAUAAUGAUAUAUCACAAGUAUUUUUCUUAGGAAAUUCAUUAACACCAUAUCGAAUACUUGCUAUAAAUAUUAAUUUAAUAACAAUAUUUUGUUUAUUUCAUGAUGAUGAUGAUACAAUUAAUAAUGAAAGUAUGAAUGCACAAAUAGUUGAAAUAUUAAAAAAAGAUUUAGAUACAAUGUUACCUAGUUUUGAAGAACAUCUAAGAAAAAAAUAUCCGACAGCAGAUAAUACUGUACGAACAGUUUAUUAUAAUAAAAUGAAUAUGGCAUAUUCUUCAACUGUUGAUUGGACUAGAGAACCAAUUAGUUCCAUGGCUGGAAUUAUGAAUACACUUGCAGAAGAUAUGCAAUGGUUUCAUCCAUCCGGUGAAAUGAUGGUUAAACGUGAAAAUGAUCCAUGGAUAAUAUCUAAACGAUCGGAUAUGCGUGAAUUAUUAAUUGUAGUUAAUCAGAGAAAUGCAAAUUUAAAAGAAAUCAGUGAUAAAGUUAAGCAAAUAUUUGCGACGCAAUUCAGUAACAUUUUACUCAUAGAGUGA